GUCCGAGCGGCGCAUCAGUUCAAGGAGGAAUCCGCGGCAAUCGGAGGGCGUGCAGUCACCGGCGUACAGUACAGUCACACUCGUGAUAAAUCGCUCGUAGCCGGCAGCAGAAGCAGAAGCAAGCGGUUCAAAUGAAAACACUCCAGCGGGGAGAGAUGUCUUCAAACGGGAUGUUCUACGGGCUGGUGCUGAUCGUGGUGUGGACGUUACUCGGGAUGUGCCACGGCGUGUUAGACAAGGUGACCAUCGUGCCUGGAGACGUCAACAUGGGCGGGCUGUUUCCCCUCCACACCGCCGGCCAAGACGGCGACUGUACCGUGCUGAAAAAGGGGAAAGGAAUUCAGCGUAUGGAAGCCAUGCUGUACGCUAUACAGGAGAUCAAUAAGUCGGACAAGAUUCUAAAAGGCAUCAAAAUCGGUGCCCAGAUUUUGGACACGUGUGAGGACUACUCUCAUGCUUUGGAGCAGUCGCUGAAGUUCGCCGGCAGCCUGCUGCGGUUGGACAGUCGGGACGUGAAGUGUGACGACGGGCGGCCGGCCGUGCUGCCCAAACCGAAGCCUCUGCUGGGUGUCAUCGGUGCAGCUUCGAGCUCCGUGUCGAUCAUGGUGGCCAACAUUCUCCGGCUCUUUCAGAUUCCCCAGAUCAGCUACGCGUCCACCAGUGAGGAGUUGAGUGACAAGACCCGGUUCCAGUACUUCUCCCGGGUGGUCCCGUCCGACAGUUACCAGGCCCAGGCCAUGGUGGACAUCGUCAAGACCCUGGGCUGGACCUACGUCUCCACCGUGGCUUCUGAAGGGAACUACGGGGAGAAGGGGGUGGAGGCCUUCCGCCGGUUAGCCACCAAUGAAGGUAUAUGUAUAGCAACCGAGGAGAAGAUCUCCAGACGUUCAGCUGGCUCAGAGUUCCAAAGAGUCGUGAUGAAGCUACAGGAGAAGUCCAACGCACGAGGAGUGGUGCUCUUCGCUAACGAGGACGACCUGCAAGGGAUCCUGAGCGCGGCCAGAAACCUGAGUGCCAACUUCAGCUGGGUGGGGUCGGACGCCUGGGGGUCCAAGUCAGCCCCGGUCGUGAACCACAACGAAGAAGCAGAGGGAGCAAUCACCAUACUGCUGAAGAAAGUCAACAUACCUGGUUUUGAUGAGUACUUCACCGCCCUGAAUCCUAAGAACAACAACAGGAACGCGUGGUUCACAGAAUUCUGGGAGGAAACCUUCUACUGUAAAUACAACAUGAUGGACGCCCGGGAUGGCGUGCGGCAGUGCAGUGGUCGGGAAAAGUUGGGCAGAGAUGAGAGUAGAGAGAGCAGAUACCUACAGGAAGACAAGGUGCAGUUCGUGAUAGACGCCGUGUAUGCCUUGGCUAUCGCCUUCGACAGAAUGCACAAGGAGAUCUGCGGCCCAGCCUACGCUACAAAAAUCUGCAGCCAGCUCAGGGACAUAGACGGAGAACUGCUGUUGUCCUAUAUUCGUAAUGUUUCGUUCCAUGGUGCCAGUGGUGACCUCAUUUACUUUGACGACAAUGGAGAUGCACCGGGAAGAUAUGACAUCGUCCAAUAUCAAAAGUUAAAUGGCAGCUAUGACUACGUGACCAUCGGAGACUGGAACGGGACGUUGCGGCUGAGCGGGACGUGGUCGUUCCCGGGUGUCCAGCGGGGCCUGGUCCCGCAGUCCGUCUGCAGCCAACCGUGCGGCCCCGCCGAGAAAAAACUCAAACCCGAGAAGGGCAACGCCUGUUGCUGGCACUGUGUAAAAUGUGACGGCUACCAGUAUCUAUUAGACGAAAACACGUGUCGAGACUGUGGAGAAAAGUGGAAACCGAACGCCACUCGUACAGGAUGUGUGCAACUGGACGUCAGGUUUCUUCGCUGGAAUUCCGCAUGGGCCAUGUUCCCUGUGUGCAUUUCCACCUUGGGCAUCGCAGCCGCCAUUUUCGUCAUCACAGUUUUUCUGAGAUUUCAAGAAACACCCAUCAUCAAAGCGUGUGGAAGAGAGCUAAGCUACAUGAUACUGUCUGGUAUACUACUGGUGUAUAGUGUAACGUUCUUACUGGUAGCGAAACCUUCAGCAGCCGUGUGCGCAAUACGCAGGCUAGGACUAGGCCUGGGACUAACUCUUUGCUACGCGGCACUGCUCACCAAAACGAACCGAAUUUACAGAAUUUUCAAGCUGGGAAAAUCGACGCCGAAGAAGCCGAAAUAUAUCAGCCCGAACUCGCAGGUUUUUAUCUGUUUAGGGUUGGUAGGUGUGCAGAUGUUAGGGGUGAUUGCGUGGCUUAUAGCACAACCACCGAGCAGUAACGUAGAGUGGUUCAGACCGAGAGAUCCGACGUUUGCGACCGGGAUGCUUCUGUGUGGAACCAGCGAUGUCUCCUUCAUAUCCUCGCUUAGCUACAGCAUGGUCCUGGUGGUCAUGUCGACGAUAUACGCCGUCAAGACGCGGCACAUCCCGGAUAACUUCAACGAGACCAAACACAUAGGGUUCGCCGUCUACACCACCUGUAUCAUCUGGCUAGCCUUCAUCCCCAUCUUCUUCGGCACAUCACAAGUCGUUAAUAAGGAAGAGAUCCAAUUCAUGGCUCUGUCGGUGUCCCUAAUCCUGAGUGCGACCGUCCUUCUCUGCUGCUUGUUCGCACCCAAGUUGUACAUAGUCCUUCUACAUCCGGAGAUGAACGUACGACCUCGCCGCGUCUCCAAACAGGAGGCCAUGGUCCAGCAGGCCGUGGCCAAGUGGAGAAAGGCGGUAGAGGCCCCAGAUCCCAACGAAACAGCAGAGACCUUGACGACGGUGUUAUCUUCAAGUGAAGCCCUCGUUGGAAACAAAGACUCCAACGGUCCCCGGGUGAAGUGGAGAUCAGACCUGCUGGAUACCGGUCCCAAGGACGACUACCGAGGGGACGCAGAGGGAGAGGAGGCCGCGGAAACAGAGGCAGCCACCAAGUGGAGAAAACCUCACGGUCACCUCUUCAGACUGGACGGAGACGAAGACUCCCAGAUCCUCCUACGGACAUCUGGUUCCGUUGGCAAUGUCAGCCCGGCCAAGCUAAGAUGGCGGAAAGUCGCCGCCCUCGCUCUUCAAAAGCACCGAGCGGGAGAACUAUACAGAAGCUCGUCGGGGAAUCACCUGAAAGAGGGUGUGAAAAUAAACGAAAACCAGAACCAGAUUUUUCCACCCGACGGUGAAGCGAAGUCGACGGGACAGCUCAGUCGUUCGCCGUAUUCGCGGGACAACCUCCCAACACGGGGGAUCCUCACCAACAGAAAUACAAACGGUAAGGAACUGGAGAGCGUCGGGAAGUAUAGCUCUCUAAGAAGAGGGUCGUUACAGGCGGAAGAUAUGCGUGUCAAAAGAAACAUUAUUUCGGAUAAGAGCAGCGACUCUGUCCACAGCAUGGGUAACCGGUGGAGGAGAGGCUCCAUGCAUGUGACGACCUUGGAGGAAAGGAAAGAACCAGCGCCGGACCCAACCCCACCAGCCCCGGCUCCACAGACUAAAAAACCCGAGCUGUUGCGGAAACAGUCCUCCCUUGAGGACGACAGCAGAGUUAGACGUGCCAAAGAAAGCUUUGCGGGCUGGAGAAAAAAGUCCAUGUCGGAAGACAGCCCCAUAGUAAACCAGAUUGUUGAGAAUCCUGCUCCUGCAGAGAAAAAGGAGAGCAACCUACCAGAUAAUUUGCCCGCCUGGGCGGCGGCUGCUAGGUGGAGAAAAACCGCUUCUUCUAGCAAACUGUUAGCACAAAGGACAGCCGAACGGUCAAAAAAGGCCACCCCACAACUUGAAACGUUAGUAACACAAGCAACGGGCAAUCGGGAAAAUUCAAACACUCUGAAGAAAACAACAGACAACCCCUCGAACAUACACACCAACCCUACCGACGUCCGUGAGGGGCCCUUUGGAUUUCUCCAGGACAAAAACUCGAAUUAUCAAAAUCCAGUGCCCAUACAGCCACGGGUUCGAAACCCACCCAUGCCUCAUAAUGCAAACCCAAGCAAUCCGACGUCCAUGGGCGGGAACAAAAGGUCAUCGAAGGAGAUACAGGAUGACAGCCCAACUUCACCAAAGACGGAGCUACCCGGAAUUGCUUUGAUGGCAAUAGCAAGAUGGAAACAGGCGGCAGAGGCAACAAGGAAAGCAAAGGAGAAGGCGAUCGGAAAUGUCGAAGGGGUGUUAGGAAAUAUCUUCCAAAGUGAAGAAGAGGAGGCCGCCUCACAAAACCCCGUUGUUCACACUCAGCGACCAGCAAAAGGCAAGGCGUUCUCCAACGGUGGAGUCAACCCCGUUAAAACGAAGGACACGUCGGUCCGAGUCGGCAUCCCGGCCAGCGAACGUCCGCCCAGCCAUGUCUGA